GCAAGAACGUGUGCCAUAUCUUCUUUUAUUGUUCUUCGGCCCGCAUCCGUGUUGUUCUCUUCAUCGUCUCGUAUUUUUCUGAGAUCUUGCUCCACUCCUUGGUCAGCAGAGCACACACACACACACACGCAUCUGCGCCCCUACUUCAGCACCGCAUCAACAACGACAAUAGAUAGAAGGGCGACGCAAUGCCGCAUAAAAAGCAGGCAUGGGCAAAGCGGGUCAAGAAGGAGCGCUUCAAGAAGAAGUAUCUCACCCGCAUGCAGGCGACCCGUCUUCUGCAAAUGGAGUCCAUCCAGUUCCGUCGCCUGUGCAUCCUCAAAGGCAUCUACCCACGUGCGCUGGCCCGCAGUAAGCAGAAGCAGAGCGGUAACGAAAAGCAGUACUACCUCGCCCGCGAGAUCAAGUGGUUGGUGCGCGACCAAAUCGCGGAGAAGAUGAUGGCCUUCCGCGCGUGGGAGAAGAAAAUAAAGCGAGCGGAGGCGAUGGGGCUGGUGGACGACCUGAAGGCGCUGCACACCUCCCGUGUGAAGCCGCACCACAGCCUCGUGGCGACCAUCAAAGAGCGCUACCCGUACUUCAUCGACGCCGUUCGCGACAUCGACGAUGCCAUGUCCAUGCUCCACCUCUACGCUUUUCUUAGUCCUGAAAUCAAGUCCGAUAGCACCAUCGAGGUGCACCACUCGCUGACGUCCGGCAUGCACGAGCGGGCGCAGGCGAUGUGCGAGCGCUGGUCCCGCUACGUAGCACGCGCACACACGCUGACAAAGGCCUUCAUCUCCAUCAAGGGCUACUACUACGAGGCGAUCGUGAAGGGGGAGCGGGUGCGCUGGCUGUGCCCUCACGAGUACGCCCACCGCUUCCCCCCGGGCAUCCAGCAGUACGUGAUGCUGAGCUUCCUAGAGUUCUACCUGGAGAUGAUGAAGUUUGUGCUCGUGAAGCUGGAGGCCGAUCUCGCUCGGGACGAGGUGGACCGCAAUGCGGCGGAGGACGAAGAGGGGGUGGCGCGCGCCAACGCGGAGGACUUCGCGAGCGCGGCGGCGCUGACGGUGCUUGACGUGGGCGCGAACCCGGCCGAGGCGCAGACGGUGCGGGCGACAGCGACGAAGCAAACGUUGAUGGAGGCAGAGCUGCAGAAGGCGCGCAGCCUCUUCCGCGGCCUGACCUUCUACCUCUCGCGCGAGGUCCCGGCGAAGCACAUCAGCUUCGUGAUCAACGCCUGCGGGGGCCGCGUGGCGACCGACUACGUCCCGUCAAACAUCACCCACGUCAUCGUCGACCGCCCUGCCCUGGCGCCGGGCAUGGCGAAGCACGACACACUCGAGUACGUGCAGCCGCAGUACGUCUUCGACUGCCUCAACGCGCGCCUGGUGCUGCCCGUCGCCGGCUACCGCAUCGGCGAGGAGCUCCCCCCGCACGUCUCGCCCUUCUCCGUCUCCAUCACGAACGCCGCGGAGGACAACGCGGCGGUGGAGCAGGUGAAGAAGGACCACCCGAGGAUUGUCGGCUACGUCCCGCAGCGCGUGCACGAGAUACGCAAGCUGAUCAACCCGGCCUACUCCCCGGUGGACCCGGAGGGCAAGGUGGCGGCGCUGGAGGAGGAGUACAGCGACGACGAGGCGCACGUGGCGGUGCCGGUGAUGGACGCCGCUGACGACGUCGCGCUUUCUGACGACGAGCUCGCCGACGCCCGGAAGCAGCCGGCGUGGGAGGCGGAGGAAGUCACCGAGGAGGUGCAGCGGCCGAAGCUGUCGGCGCUGAAGGUGAAGAAGCAGCGUGAGAUGAACUUGAUGAACGCGCCGACGAACGAGGUAGUAGCACGUCGUCGCCAGGCGCUGCGCAAGUCGCACGAGUCGGCCCGGCAGAACGAGACCGCCGAGGUCCGGCUGCGUCGCAAGAUGGGCGAGGUGAAGAAGCAGGAGGCUGCGACGCGGAAGAUGCAGCUGCAGGUCGCCCGCAAGAAGGCCGCACGCUUCUACAAGAUGGUCAGCGGCGUCGUGCACGGCGCGGAGAGGAAGGCCGCAGCGCUCGGGACGAAGGCGAAGCACAUUACGGAGGGCAAACUGCAGAAGUCAAAGGACGGCACGGGGUUGGUCAACACGCGCGUCGAAGCGAAACGGAUGCGAGCGCAGGCGAAGGGCAAGCCGCUGAAGGAGAAGAAGAGCGACAACCCCUACAAACGGCUGCCGAAGUGGGUGCGUUGA